AUGAUCGGCAACAUACCAAUCAAAAUUACCUCACUUCGAAGGCUUCAAGGUAUGUUUCUUUUUAAGAACCGAUUAACAGGAGGGAUCCCAUCAUUCAUAGGGAAUCUUUCAUCCCUAACUGCUCUCUCGGUUGAUAGUAACAACUUUGAAGGAGAUAUUCCGCAAGAAAUAUGUAAUCUCAAAAGGUUGACAUUUCUAGCACUAGGUGUCAACAAAUUGCGUGGAACACUUCCUUCUUGUUUUUAUAAUAUGUCAUCUUUGACUCAAUUCUCAGCUCCAGAAAAUCAAUUAAAGGGCUCUCUUCCACCCAACACUUUUCACAUCCUCUCCAAUCUCCAACUAUUUGAAAUUGGUGGCAAUCAAAUCUCAGGUCCAAUCCCAUCUUCCAUCACAAAUGCAUCCAACAUUUCAACACUUGAUAUUGGUGCAAACCAUUUCACGGGACAAGUUCCAAGCAUGGCUAUGCUACUAGAUCUUCAAUAUCUAGCUUUGGCUAUGAAUAAUCUAGGUGACAAUUCAACCAAUGAUUUGAUGUUUUUAAAUUCAUUGGCAAAUUGUAGUAAGUUGCAACAUUUAGAUAUAGAGAAAAAUAAUUUUGGAGGUCAAUUACCAAAGUCUUUAGGAAAUUUAUCCACCCAACUUGGUAUACUAGCUCUUGGGGGAAAUCAAAUAUUUGGAAACAUCCCAGCCGAAUUAGGAAAUCUAAUUAACUUAAUUGGCUUAGGCAUGGAAAAUAACCAUUUUGAAGGAAUCAUCCCAUCAACUUUUAGGAAGUUUCAGAAGAUGCAAGUGCUAGACUUGAGUGGAAACAAACUUUCGGGAGAUAUACCAGACUUCAUAGGCAACCUUAGUCAAUUGUUUUAUUUGGAUAUGGGAAAAAAUAUGUUAGAAGGUAAUAUUCCUCCAAAUAUAGAAAACUGCCAAAAGUUAGAUUACUUAAAACUUUCACAAAACAACCUUACUGGAACCAUAUCCUUAGAGGUUUUCAAGUUGUCCUCUCUAACAAACUUGUUGGAUUUGUCACAAAACUCAUUGAGUGGUAGUAUCCCAGAGGAAGUGGGUAGUCUAAUACAUAUCAAUUUGCUAGAUGUCUCUGAGAAUUAUCUGUCUGGUGAGAUUCCUGAAACUAUUGGAGAAUGCAUAAUGUUGGAGUACCUCUAUUUGCAAGGGAAUUCUUUACAUGGAAUCAUACCAUCCUCUUUGGGAUCACUUAAAGGUCUUCAAGGUUUAGACCUCUCACGAAACCUCUUGUCUGGAUCAGUUCCUAGUGUUCUGCAGCACAUUCCUUUCUUACAAUAUUUCAAUGUAUCUUUCAACAUGUUGGAUGGCGAGGUACCAACUGAAGGUGUCUUUAAAAAUGCAAGUGGAUUAGUGGUAACUGGAAAUACUAAACUUUGUGGCGGUAUUUUUGAACUACAUCUACCACCAUGUCCCAUCAAAGAGAAGAAACUUGCAAAACACCACAAGUUCAGGUUGAUAGCUGGAAUAACUAGUGUGCUUGUUUUUCUUUUCAUACUGACAAUUAUUCUAAUUAUCUACUGGAUGAGAAAAAGGAGCAAGAGACCAUCUUUGACUUCACCAACGAUUGACCAAUUGGCUAAAGUUUCAUACAAAAGCCUUCACAACGGAACUGAUGGGUUCUCAACUACAAACUUGAUAGGGUCUGGAAAUUUUAGCUCUGUCUACAAAGGAAUUCUUGAUUUAGAAGACAAAGUUGUUGCCAUAAAGGUUCUAAACCUUGCAAGAUUUUGCCCACCCCUACUUAUAAGAGAUCAAAACACAUAG